AUGUACGUUUACAAGGGAGUGAACAUAUGCCCACUUAACCACCUUGCAUUUGCUAUGUCAGAUGAACGCAAUGACGACAAGGGCGAAGUGGAAAAAUGUGAAAGAGAUUACAGUGCGCUGCUGGAGUGUUUGGAUACCUUCGAUAGAAAUUGGGCAAAAUGCCAAAACGAAUUGAAGAAAUUCCGCGCGUGCUACAAUGAGGAGAGCAGACAGAGGAAUGGGUCAAGUGGUUAG